UUGUCAGCUUUAUUUAAUCCCAAAUGCAUCAACAUCGUAGCACCCCAAACGUAAUCCAAUCUGCGUUCUCCACUCACUACUCACUUCUUCUUCGCCUGCACCCACCAUACACCUCUGUCCCUCUCACCAAAAAACAUGACAAGGCCAAAGAUUUACCUCUUUGGUGAUUCAAUCACCGAAGACUCUUUCUCACCAGGUGGAUGGGGUGCUUCUCUCGCCCACCAUUUCGCUCGCACGGCUGAUGUGGUGCUGAGAGGUUACAGCGGCUACAACACGCGCUGGGCGUUGAAGGUGUUGGAGAGGGUUUUCCCGGUGUCAAAGGUCGGUGACGGUGGAACAGUAACAGCGCCGGUUGCUGUGACAGUUUUCUUUGGGGCCAACGACGCUUGCCUUCCUGAUAGAUGUUCUGCUUUUCAGCACGUACCUCUCCAUGAAUACAAGCAGAACCUUCACUCCAUUGUUUCCUUCUUCAAGAAGCGGUGGCCCACAACUUUGGUGCUCCUCAUAACUCCGCCUCCAAUUGAUGAGGAAUUACGUUGUAGACAUCCGUAUGUAGAAAAUCCACAGGGUCUUUCUGAAAGGACAAAUGAAGCAGCUGGUGAGUAUGCUAGAGCAUGCAUUGCGGUGGCUGGAGAAUGUGGAAUACCUGUGGUUGAUCUCUGGAACAAAAUGCAACACCGGAAAAAAGAUUAUCUAAGUGAUGGUUUGCAUCUGACCGAAAGUGGCAAUGAAGUUGUUUUUGAGGAAGUAAUAAAAAAGCUGAGAGACGAAGGGUUGAGUCAGGAAUCUAUACCAGUUGAUCUCCCACUUAUUGCUGAUAUUGACCCUAAUGACCCCCUGAAGGCCUUUCUGGAGUAACAGAAUGAUGUAUUACAAAAGGAGUGUGUCUUUUUGGGGUUAUGGUGCUUUUGUUGCCAUGGAAACAUGUGUUAAUACAGUAUCACCCAUAGUAUUUUGAUCGUCCUUUUGUUGUGGCUAUUCUCUGUUGGAUAAUGUCUACUGUUGCCGUGUCAGAUGUCUUUUUUGUCUUCUUCUUUUUUUUAUGUAGGGGUUUUUCAUUUUCUUGGCUUGAAUGUGAAUGACCUAAUAAUAUAUAUGAAGUGUUUUUAUAAUGCUGGAUA